GGUAGUUUUCAUGACGCAAUUUUCCCGCCACGGGGUAUUGUGUGGGACUAGACAGCGGAACGUGUUUGUUGUACAUGUCAGAAGCGAAAAAGUUUUAACUUUAGCCUGUUCGUAAAUCCUGCAGCGAUGCCUACAGUUCAUGACUGGAUUAAUAACCCACUGGGUGUAGUUGAAGGGCUGUUUGCCCAAGGUAACCCCAGUCCAGACUGGGAGAAGAAGGUGGUGGAGUAUUUUAAAGAGAAACUGAAACAAAACGACGCUCACACUUGGGUUCCGUCCCUGAACGAUGUUCCCCUGCAUUACCUAAAACCCAAUAGUCUAGUGAAAUUUCGCUGCAUGGUCCAGGACAUGUUUGAUCCAGAAUUUUUCAUGGCUGUGUAUGAGAUGAAUGAUACUGCAUCCAAUUCUAAACUGAUGAAAUGUGGAAAGUACAAAGAUGUAACAGAGGGUGGGCAGGUGGAUUUUAACUCGAGAAACACUGUGACAUCAGAGAGACAAACCUUUUAUUGUGUCCCUAUCCCAGGAGAAUCCCAAUGGGUGAAGGAAAGUUAUGAAGGCACGAGUCAGGCUCGCGUGGUCCCAUCCACUUCUUAUGCCCCAAACCGACAUAAACGCAGCUAUGAGGAAGAUGAUGAAAUGGACACACAGCCACAACAGAUGAAAGAUCCCUGUCAAGGAGCACAGGGCUCUGCAGGUUUUCAUGGCAACACGGAUUCAAAGCGACAGGAGACGGAAGCGCCCAAUCAAAAUUCUUCUACUUCACACUGCACUUCCAGUCCGGAUCUGAACUUCCCUUUGCCUGGAGAAAAGGGCCCAGCCUGUCUUGUUAAGGUAUAUGAAGACUGGGAUAGCUUCAAACUGAAUGACAUGUUAGAAGUAUAUGGCAUCCUCUCUGUGGACCCUGCAUUAAGUGUGAUUGCAGAUGAGAGAGAGGCGUCUUCACUGCUGGACCCCACGGAAAGCAUGGAAACAGUGGAGGAGCAAAGAGUCCACAGCCCACCAGCAUCACUUGUACCAAGAUUACACAUGCUGUAUGCACAACCUCUAGUGCACAACAACCCUUUACUGCCCCCUGGUGCUGCGGAGGAAAAUGGAGAAUAUUUAAGCACUUUUCGUGGGGAGCUGGCUGCAGUCAGAACAGAGCUGCUUGCUUACUUCACCCAUCUCAUGCUGGGAGAUUCACUUGCCGCAGAGUAUCUCAUACUGCAUCUUAUCUCUAAUGUAUAUAGCCGACGUGACGUUCUUCCUCUUGGCAAAUUUACCCUCAAUCUCAGCGGCUGUCCUCAAAGCUCUCCAUACACGGAGCAUUUAUACAGGGUCAUCCAACAUCUUGUCCCGUCUUCAUACCGGCUAUGUAUGAGCCUGCAUAAUAUGAACAACCAGUGCAUGGUGCCCAAGAAAGACUACACAGCUAAUCGCCUCGUGAGUGGGACUCUUCAGCUGGCCAACAACACAUCCCUGUUUUUGGAUGAGACCCAGCUGGAACAAGGUCAAUUGGACACCACAGGUGUGCGGAACAUCACUGCACUGGGGAACUUGAUCACUUGGCAGAAGGUUGAUUACGACUUCAACUACCAUCAGAUGGAAUUCCCCUGCAAUAUUAACGUGCUUAUCACAUCCGAAGGCCGAUCCAUUCUGCCGUCUGACUGUCAGGUCCACCUGCGGCCCACCCUGAAUCCACCUAACCUUGAAGAGUAUCUGAGUGCCGUGCAAGUAGCGCAAGUUCCAUCUCAACUCAAUAAGUACCGAAUUUACCUGAGCAUGGCACGUGCCCUGAACUACACCAUAUCGGAUGAAAUCACAAAGGCAGUAGAAGAUGACUUUGUAGAAAUGCGUAAAGAUGACCCUCAGAGUAUGACUGCAGAAGACUUGCAUAGAUUACUGGUUGUUGCAAGGUUGCUCUCAUUGAGUCAUGGGCAGAACACACUUUCUAGAGAUGGCUGGAUGAAAGCCAAGCAGCUAGAGGCCUUGAGAAUAAGCAGAACACAACAGCACAAAAGCGUGAAUGGAAAUGAGCCUUAAAAUAUAUUACUACUUAAAUACUUCACAAAUAUUUGUUAAUAUUUUGGAUUAAAACGUAAAAAAAAAAGCUUUCAUAUGGCAUUUCUGUACAGCUGUUUUUUUACUGCAUUUUAGAUUUGGAGAACCUGGGGAAGUAGAUUUUUGUUUCUGGAGAACAUUUUUGUAUAUAAACAUAAGCACAUGCAGAUGUAUGACAAAGUAUAACUGCCUUACUGCUAAUAUUUUCACUUCUGGCAUAAUAGUAUUUGAAAAAAAAUAAACUUUUUGAGAGCUUUGUUGUAA